AUGCUACCCCUCCGUGCUGCUGUUCGAACAGCUCUGCACCUCGCUCGGCUCAGCAUUCGAGCUUCUUCAACCAACUUCGCCGUUCCACUGCCUCUGGGAACUCCAGUCGUGAAUCAGAAUUUGGAUAUCACCAUUCCUGACAACAAACUGCUGGCAACCUACAUUUGGAUUGACGGAACUGGAGAAAAUCUUCGCGAAAAAACCCGAACACUUGAGAAAGAUCCCGGAAUGGCAGGAAAAUAUCCGACAUGGAGCUUUGACGGAUCUUCAACGUAUCAGGCGGCAAAAGGCGACGACUCGGACAUGCAAUUGAAGCCUGUUGCUACUUAUCCUGACCCGUUUCUCGGAGGCAACCAUAAGCUCGUUCUCUGCGAAACGUUAGAUCCUCACGGCAAGCCUACGAAAAACAAUCAUCGACACGCAUGUGAAAAAGUUAUGCAGAAAAUCGAUCAUCUGAAUCCAUGGUUCGGCAUGGAACAGGAAUAUCUUCUUCUGGAUCGAGACGGUUACCCACUUGGCUGGCCAAAACAUGGUUAUCCAGCCCCUCAGGGACCAUACUAUUGUGGAGUUGGCGCCAGCAAAGUAUUUGGACGUGAGGUUGUGAAUGCCCACUAUCGGGCAUGUCUCUACGCAGGCUUGAGUAUCUUCGGAAUCAAUGCAGAAGUGACACCUGGUCAAUGGGAAUUCCAGCUGGGUACCUGCAGAGGAAUAUCCAUGGGAGAUGAACUGUGGAUGGCGCGAUAUCUGUUACAUAGAAUUGCUGAACAAUUCGGAGUAUCUGUGACAUUCCAUCCAAGACCACAGGUAACGAUGGGUGACUGGAAUGGGGCUGGAUGUCAUUGCAAUUUCUCGACUGAUCAGAUGCGCGCCGACGGUGGAUUGAAAAUUAUUGAAGAGGCAAUGCCUAAACUUGCUGCUACACAUGCUGAAUGUAUACGUUUGUAUGAUCCCCACGAUGGCGAGGAUAACAAACUAAGACUCACCGGGCGACAUGAAACAAGCUCUGCUGAGAAGUUCACUUGGGGUGUCGCUAACAGGGCAGCUUCAGUCAGAAUUCCAAGAGGAGUCGCUCUAGCUGGCAAGGGUUACUUGGAGGACAGACGCCCAUCUUCAAACUGCGAUCCAUACCAAGUGACACGUAUGAUUGCCGAAACAUACUCACUGCCUCAGUACCCUGCACACCGAGCCCUGCCGUCUCAGACGUCGGACUUUAUGGCAACCGGAGUCGAUAGACUGCCUCACACUGCUCAGCUUAGCCUCAAACUGCUCAGCUCAGCUCAACUGAGCUGCAGAGCGUAUCAAAUUUCACGUGAUUGCUCUGCCAGAGACCAGGAGCAGAAGGAGCGAAGUAUAAAUGAUUGA